CGGGCAGACAGCCAAUGGCGACUCCGGAAGAAACAAAGAAGGCGGGGGAAAGGUGAAGGGGUGCGGCCGAGGGCCCCGCCCUCCCUUUUUCUGAGGGUCGCUCUUGGGCCAGUGUUCCGGGCGCUGGGUGUGGAGGUGGCGACCUCAGCGGCGCCUGUAGUGGGUGUCCGGCCGGCCAGUUAGCCAGUGGACUCGAGAGGCGGGAGUCCGGCCUCCGAGCAGUGGGCGGUUGUCCUGGGGGCACCCUUCGCGCAAGCGGAGGCGCGAGGCGUGCCGGAAGCCCGGGGUUCGCUGCCAGGAUGGCCCCGUUUGACUCUCAGAUUUGCUCUUCUUGAUCUGGGGAAAUUAAGGGUCGGUCGGCAGUUUAGGGCUAUUAGCUGUCUUCUCCUUGAUUAUCUGAACUCUCAUCUCCGACCCGCUGAGAGUUGUACUCACUUCCCCUGAAACAGAGGGCCCCGGACCUACUUGAAUAUCUGGCGCAGAAAAGGGGUGCACUUGAAAGUAUCUUCUUAAAAAAAAAAAGUUGCAAGCACCUUUGCAUACGAUUUUUAAAAGAUUCAUAGACCACCAGUUAAGGACCCGGACAUUGCACCUGGAGGGAAGAGAAUGCAGCCCUAACACCUGAUGGCCAGCAAGGCAGUGAACUUCGUUCUCCAUAAAGUUAGUGAUACUGCUGUUUCGGGGGCGCGGCUUUUUACCAUCAUCGUGCAGACAAAACACAGAAACUCCUACAUAGGGUGACAGACCAGAAGGUCAAUGUUCUCGACCCUGAUGUAAAGGAGGAAGAAUUCCUUUGCAUAGAAAAUGACACUUUUAAAUAUCAAACCCAUUGCUUGGGCAUAUUCUAUGAUAACAUUAGGGACUGAAAUGCUAAAUUCUGUCUUCAGUUUCUACUAUGUGAAGCUGUUUUUACAUCUGUACAAGAUUUCAGAAGUGGCCUUUUACCAAGCCCAGAUGAUUUUAAUGAUCUGGAAUGCUCUUAAUGACCUGACUGGGUAUUUUCAUAACUCUCAGGCUGACUGCUGUUCUGGUCAUCACAGUUCUGUUUUGUAUGGUGCCCCUUUGUAUUCGAUAGCCUUCCUGCUUCCUUGGUUCCCUUGGAAAUACUAUCACGAAGGUGACUGGCUCAGUGGACUUCAUCUGGUGGUGUCGUUAUGUGCUUUUGAUAGUGCGCUUACCUUUGUUCAGCAAGCCCAGUGUACACUGUUUGCAGAGAUUUUCACUAGACAUGAAAGUCGGCUUCGGCUUAUUAAAAUUAACCAAGUGGCAUCACUAGUAGGAUCCACCAGUAUCCUCUUCGGUGGCCUCAUCUCUGAUAACAUGGAAAUGUUAUUCAAUUUUCAGGCCUUUGCUGUGCUCAUUGCCAUUCUUGCCACAGCCAGCCUUUACACUGGCACGUACCACAUGAGUCGCUUGGGACCUAAAAGAAGCCCCGAGGAAAACCUUUUCUCUGAAAGUGAACAGGAUCUCCCCUGGACCGCCGUUGUCUCAUUGAUGAGACAGCUCUUGACCCAGAAGAACUUUUGCCUUUUUCUGAUCAUGAGUUUCUUUCAAGUCUUCCGUUUUACCUUCUUCAACAACUUCAUGAUGAUCUUUGCAGAUAAUCUCAUUCCCAAGGAUGUUCUUCCUUCUUUCCUAAGGAGCAUCAUGUAUGGGGCAGCCUUUAUUUGCCCACAGUGCCUUGUACUUAUCAGUCAGUCCUGGCUGAAGAAGUUUGGUUACUAUAAAAUUAUCUUAAUUUCUUUCUACCUAGAAGGAACAGCCUCCAUUGUCAUGUUACUUCUUGGACAGCAAUAUUAUUACUUUUUGGCUCUUUAUCUCACUAUUAUCAUGGUAAUUGUGCAAGCUUCUUUUUGCUUGUUUAACCUGCCAUUAGCUGACGUGGUGGAUGCAGAUUUACUGAAGUUCAAUCGGCAGUCACCCCUUUCCUCAAUGGUUUUUGGCAUCAAUGCUUUGUUUACCAAACCUGCUCAGUCUUUAGCUCCCAUGAUGAUACUCUUUAAGCUAAAACAGUAUGGAUACGGAAACCCAGAUAAAAGUACAAUUUUAGAUCUUCGUGAUGCUAUGUUUAAUUUGAUUUGCCUGGUGCCCCUUGGCAUUGCAGUAAUUCAGAUUCUGGUUUGGAGUCCAUUCUCGAUGAGGAGAAAGACAGACUACACAGGGGCUCUUUAAGGGCAAUGCUUGACUAGCAUGGGAUUCAAACAAAACCUCAGUUGUUUAUCUAUUCUACAGAGAUUACAUUCUACCAGAAGACAAAACUGUAUUUUCUAACCCCUAAUUUGUUUAGAAAAUAAAACACAUAAAACAAAUACAACAUGUUUUAUGGCAUUUUGACUACUAUAAUAAACUAAUAAGAAAGUUAAA